UAUGCUUUCCUUUUUAAGGGGAAAGAGCUCUUUGAACAUUAUCUUCUCUGCAACUUCAUGGCCACUGUCUCCACAACAACUGGAUCUACUAGCUACGAUGUGUUUCUCAGCUUUAGGGGCAAAGAUACUCGCAAUAACUUCAUUGGUUUUCUUAACUUAGUUCUGAAAGAUAGAGGAAUUAAUGUCUUAAUUGAUAGUGAGAAAUUGUGGAGUGGAGAAGACAUUGGCCUUGCCCUUAGUAGAGCGAUUGAGGGUUCCAAAAUCUUGAUCCCUAUCUUCUCUCAAAGUUAUGCACAUAGCAAAUGGUGCUUGAUGGAACUUACUCAGAUAGUUCAUUGCUACAGAUUGAAGGGUCGAAUGGUCCUGCCCAUAUUCUUCUACGUGGAGCCGCCGCAUGUUCGGAAUCAAAUAGGAAGUUUUGAAGAAGCAUUUCUGGAACACGAGAAGAAUUUCGAAUCCUCUAUCAUUGAGAGUUGGAGGGAAGCUUUGAAAGUGGUAGGAAGUUUGAAAGGAGUAGUUCUCGACGAAACUAAGAAUCAAGCAGAGCAAUUUGAAUCAAUUGCCAAAUUGGCUCUGGGUGAAUUGAUCAAUAGGACCCGCUUAGCUGAAUGUAAAUACCAAAUCGGAAUGGAUUCCCAUACAAAAGAUCUGUUAACUUUACUAAAAAUUGAUUCAUAUUUUGUGGGAAUUUGUGAUUUCGGUAGUAUUGGGAAGACAACUAUUGCCAAAGCAGUCUACAAUUGCAUCCUUUUAACAUUCAAUAGGCAUAGUUUUCUUUCAGACGUCAGAGAACGAGCAAAGCAAUAUGGUAUAGUGUCUUUGCAGAAGCAACUUCUUAAAGAUAUCUUCAAAACAGAUUUUGACAUUGAUGAUUAUCAUAUAGGAACAAAAUUAAUAGAACAAAAACUUGGUAUAGAAAAAGUUCUUCUUGUUCUUGAUGAUGUGGAUAGUCAAGAACAAGUAAAUGCUUUGACUGGUGAACUCAAUUGGUUUGGUCAAGAAAGUAGGAUCAUAAUAACAACUAGAGACCAGCAUAUUUUGAAUGUGGCUCAAGUUGAUAAAGAUCAAAUCUAUUGGCCUCAAGAGCUAGAUCAUAAGCAAUCUCUUCAACUAUUUAGUUUGUGUGCUUUCAAAAGGGAUCAACCUCCAGAAGAUUAUAUGCAACUUUCACAUGAUAUGGUAGAAUAUUCCGGAGGGUUGCCUUUAACUCUAGAAGUGCUCGGGUCUUACCUGUCCGACAUAAGCGACAAAGAAGAGUGGAAAACUACAUUACAAAAAUUGAAAGAAGUUCCUCCUAAAAAAGUCCAGAGAAGGUUGAAGAUAAGCUACGGCAAUCUAGAAAAUGAUUAUCAAAAAGCAAUAUUUCUUGAUGCUACGUGCUUUUUCAUUGGAUGGAAGAAAGAAAUUGUAAUUUCCAUAUGGGAAGCUUGUGGCUAUCAUCCAAAACCAGCAAUACGGAGAUUAAUCAAAAGAUGCCUUUUAAAAUUUGAAGGUGAUGAGGAUGGUGAAUACUCUUUGAGGAUGCAUGAUCAGAUUAGAGACAUGGGUAGGGAAAUUCUGUUUCAAAUGUUGAAAGUUCUCGAUCUUAGUAGAUGUAGAUAUCUAUCUACAUCUCCAAACUUUUCAUGGUUUCCUUACUUGGAUCGAUUAGAUCUUGGAGAUUGCAGUUCCUUGGAUAUGUUAGACGAGUCCAUUGGAAAGUUGAGUCAGCUCAAGAGUCUUAAUCUUAUGGAGUGCGGACGAAUCAAGAAGUUGCCUCAAUCCAUUGGCAAUCUAAAAUCUCUAGUCAAGCUUGACUUGUUGUUGACACAAGUGGAAGAACUCCUAGACAACAUUUGUUGGUUGAGUUAUCUCAAAGAACUUAUUCUCAGAGAGUGCAUAUUACUAAUGAAGUUGCCUGGGUCCAUUGGCAAUUUAAAAUCUUUGGUUGAGCUCCACUUGUGCUGUUGUGAAAUUAAGGAACUACCCGAUAGUGUUGGCCUAUUAGAGAAGCUUGAGGUAUUAGAUGCUAAGUAUUGCUGGAAACUAGUGAAGCUACCAAAAUCAAUGGGGAGACUGAAGUGUUCGAACAGCAUCAACCUGAAAGGAACAAGAAUUUCAAUAUUACCUGAUGACUUUUCGAUGCUCUCCAAUUUAGUGGAGUUGAAAAUGUCUGGAAGCCUUCAAUCCCUCUCGGCAGAUUUGUCAAACUUGAAAAACUUGAAAAACAUAGAGCUUUGUGGAUGCGAGAAGUUGGAAUACCUCCCAGAGCUUCCCUUAAGUUUAGUUGAACUUUCUUGUAUAUAUUGCUCUUCUAUGGUACUAUUACCGGAUUUGUCAAAGCUGGAAAAUUUGACAAAAUUAUGGCUUAAGGAAUGCGAAAAGCUGGAGGAGAUUCCAAGCCUUGAGGAAAUUAAAUACUUGGAAGAAUUGGAUGCGCCAAGAUGUUAUAACUUAACAUAUACUCCAAGGAAGAUACAUGGCCAGGGAACACUUUUACACGAGGGAUUACAACGCGAGAGUUAUUCCUUGACUGUUAAUGAUGGGAUCUAUAAUAACGGGGAACCUGACCAACAAGAGCCUAAUCAACAUUCGAGUUCUAUGAUGGUAGCAAAUUUCUUCAAAUGGUCCUAUGUCGAUGAUAAUGGUGGAGUGUCUUCUCUUAAACCAGGCUCAAAAAGUUGGUCACAAGUUUUAGAGGAGGAACAGGGGAUCUUGAUGAGGGCAAGCAACUGCAAGGAAGCUUGUCUUGAUUACAAUGAAGAUGAAGCACCAGGUCUUUCUCUUAUCCUGGAUUUAAAACCCUGUGAAGUGAAAUUAUAUAAUGGAUUUGAACUGCAGCAAAAGCUGAGCCAACAACAAAACAUUGACGAUGAUGUUCAGUGGGUUCCCUUUGAUAUUGAAGAAGCAAAGAAGAGUAAUAGAACAAUAAGUUUCUCUGGUUCUUCAUAUGGUGGGGUUAGAGGAUCCGACUGUGUUCCUGAAGAGGUGAUGGAGGAAGAAGAUGAGGUAGCUGGUUCAGUGAAAUUAUAUAAUGGAUUUGAUCUGCAGCAAGAGCUGAGCCAACAACAAAACAUUGAUGAUGUUCUUGGGUUUCCCUUUGAUAUUGAAGAAGUGAAGAGGAGUAAAAGAACGAUAAAUUUCUCUGGUUCUUCAUAUGGUGGGGUUACAGGAUCCGACUAUGUUCCUGAAGAGGUGAUGGAGGAAGAAGAUGAGGCAGCUGGUUCAGGGGUAUACAAUUGCUUUGUUGCAGUGAAAGCUAUCUGGGAUUGUUUCUGUAACUGUUUCACCACUGGGCUUCUGUGA